AGCUUUUCUUUUUUGAGGGAACUUUUCUUUUCUGCUUUUGGGUUUCCUAUACCGAGCAAAAGUGAAGAUUACACUUUUCUCUCUUUACUUUCGUCUCACCUUCUUCAUCCGCCGAGCAUGUCCGAUGGCCUUCCCGGUGUAUGGCGGGGAUGAGUACCCGCCGAUCCGACCCUAUUCCGUCCCUCCUUUCCCGGUCAAGCGCCGGACUGCCGAUUUCGACGACGACAACUUCCAUGACGACGGUUCAAGAUAUAAGAGAUACAGAUCCGCUCAAGAUGUGCACAGGGAGAAUGUGGGAUACACAGUUGGGAGUUGGUCGCAACAUCAUCAUUACCAUCAACAACCGGCCCAGGACGGACGUGGAGAGGAUAUAAGGUUCAUGACCGCUCGGGGCACACAAGAUCAGCAAUACCGGCAUCAGGUUCACUUUCAUACAGCGCCAUACCAUCAGCAGCAGCAGCACGACCAUCACCACCACCACCAUGCGCACCGCCAUCAAACUCAACCACGCUCCCGGUCUCCCGAACCAAACUCUUGUGCCAUGGAGAGAACUGCAUCAGGCCACUCAAUCCGAGCCGAACCGACUCCAGCAGGUCCCGGGGGUGGCACAGAGUUAUUGGAGGAUGAUAUAGCAGCCGAGAGGGUCAGGGCUCACAUGGCCAACUUCCGACGCAAGUUUCCCGACUCAAAGCAUGAGCGCAUUCUCCGGAGCAUCAUCAACCCACGGAUCAACGCCGAAGACGAGCUGGACAACGAUUCUCUCGAGAGCAUUUUCUCCGCCGCCAACGAGAUCUUCUUCAAUGGCCGUCUGAGCCAGCGGGUACGGUGGGAUUGGUCAGACGAGUCAAGCACACGGUACGACAGCCGGGUUAUUGGCACGACUGCUUUGCGAAGGGCACAUCCGACUACGAGGGGAUUUGAAACGCUCAUAGUGCUGUCGGCGCCCAUACUCAAGCACUCGAAGUACAGUCGACGACUGCUCAUUUCGACAUUCCUCCACGAGUUGAUUCACAGUUACCUGUUCAUCUGUCGCGGAUUCAGGGCUAGGGAGUGUGGUGGGCACACCAAGGGGUUUCUUACGAUUGCAAAGCUGGUUGAUGACUGGACGGGUCCGGAGAGUGCUCUCUACUUGAGCGAGGCGGAGGCAGAUUUGGAACGGUUUCGGAUAGGGGGACAACAGCAUGACAACAACAGAUCCCACGGAUGUGGACGGUUUGAGCGGAGGGAGCACAGCUUUUACCCUUGUUCUGGGAUUAUGGAGCAACGAAGGGAUCAUGCGACGAAUAUCGAUGUCAGAAAUCUUAGCACCACUCCGAGCAGUGGCAGUUCUCACAUACCCCACGAGGAGUACUACCGCCACAACAAUAGGAGCAGUAACAUCGUCAACAACCACACCAGCACCAGCACCAGCACCAGCACCAGCACUAGCACCAGCACUAGCAGCUGGUGGAUUCAGCCUGUCCGCUCCUUCUGUACGGCCGACGAAAGGAGUCCGUUUAUACGUUUCAGUUGAUAUCCCAGUCUCAGAGAUGGCCCGGGGGUUAUCGGCAUCAUACCAUACUUAUGAUCGACCAAGAAAAAACCGAGAAAACGCCAAAGCAGAGAAAUAUCACAGCAUUCAAAACAAAUCACAGUAACCUAUCGAGGAGUACAUAAGAGCAACCUUCAUCUACGCAUAACAUCAGUAUCGUCACCAACAACACCAUCACCAUACAUACAUCAUUCAGCGGCAUUGCGACGGAGUCACAAGACGUUAGGCAGCGGGCGUCAGGCGGGCAUGUUAUUUGGGUUUCUUUUCGUUUCUUCAGUGAUGGAGGUAUAAUGUACAUAAUGAGCAUGACUGAAUUCUUUCUACGGUAGACCAAAAGUCGUUCGUUUGACGGACUGGUUAAUGCAUUACGGAUUUUGGAAACUG